AUGAAUCCAGACUCGCCGUCGUUUGGCGAACGCAGAGGGCAUCGACUUGCACCUUUGCAGACGAAUUUCAGCCGACCGGCCGCUAAAUCGCAGCGAUUACAACGACCUCGGCCGUCUGAAUAUCCCAGUACCAAUGGAUCAGAAGGUCCAGUUCCGCUCCAGGCUCCGGUUAAACCCCAACGUUCCAAGACGAGUCUGCGCAGUCUCUUUGGUCGUGACAAGUCGCCUGCCCCGGAGCCCAAAUUGGAGGAGAUUGACGAGGCACAGCUGCCGGAACCUCAAACUGCGAUCUCUUCAGAGACCCCAAUGUCGCCUUCUAUCAUGAGCCUCCGCACGAUAGAUACCAACCCUACCAUUACCUCCCCAAAAACGGAACAACGACCUCGCGCAACAUUGAAAACCUCCCGUACCAACCCGUCAGACACCAAAUCCACAUCCCAGGAACAAUACGGUUGGAAGCCUCCUCCAUUGUUCCAAGCCUACCCUCAAUCGACCAAGCACGAGUGUCUCCCGGCGCCUGCUAUUUCCGCCGAUUCCAUCUUGCGCCUGCAUGCGACGACUGCGCGGAGCUCAACUGAAGACAACCCCGCCAAUCCGCUAGAGCAGGACGAAGCGACGGACGCUGCUCGCAAGAAGCGCGAAGAAAAACAACGGAAGCAUCUCCGGACACUAUCGGGUACCAUCAACAAGGUGGAAUGGACUCGCAAAAUAUAUGUUUUGGCAACUGCGGGUUACAUCCUUCAGUAUGCAGGCGAGGGAAAGCACGACCGUCUCCCAGAGAGAAUGUUAAUGCUAGGACCUCAGUCUGUCGCAUUUGCCAGUGACGCUAUCCCUGGGAAACACUGGGUCGUCCAGGUCUCGCAUAACCCUACGGCUGACGAUGACACCGUACCAGAGCCUCCCAAGCCUCGAUUCUCGCGCUUCGGAUUCCACAAGUCGCACACCCGGCGGUUUUCGCGCAACUUUCUUUUGGUCUUUGACAACCCCGAUGCGAUGAUCGAGUGGCUUGCUGCAGUGAGAGCCGAGAUCGAGAAACGGGGAGGGCGCAAAUUCACUCAAGAGAAACACGAUGACGAUACCAUGCCUCAGUUGCGGUCCAAAUCCAGCGUUCGACAAAUGGUGAAGAAAGAUCCGCAUCGCAUCUCCAGCCUGUUCCUCCAACCACAAACUCUCCAAUCACACGCCGAAGACGAUGACGGUCAUUCAGUUAGUGGCGCAACCUGGCAAUCGCGUCGCAGCUCGUUCGUAUCGGUCAAUCGACGCUCAAUCAUUGAAUCUCGCUCCGGAUCGGUAUCGACAGGUCGAACCGAGGCCACGAAUCCUACCAACGGCUCUGCCUCGGUUGGAUCUGACAUGCGUUCCUCAUCAUUUACCUCUUGCAAUAUGCCCAACUCACCGCCAAUAGGGAACGGUGCAUUCAGGCCUGACGAGCCUCUACCCGAGGAGCUUGACCGAAACUAUGCGCGCAAUCCACCCUCUUCCAGCAAUGGUAAACGCCAGUCCUUGUACAUGUCCUCGCCACCUCAGCCUCCGCCCAUUGCCGAUUACACAGAGUAUUUGCAAUCGGGUUAUCCAUCGCCUGUGGCGGAGACUCCGAUCCGUUGUGCUUCACCCCCAGCGCCAAAUUUCAGUGUGCCAGUGUUUAGCAAGAAGUUUGUCCCUAGGUCUGGGCCAACUCCGGUCUCUCAUGCCUCUCCCCCUUCAUCACAUCACGGGUUUGCGCGACCGGAGACCGAGCCAAAAAUGUCCACAUUUGCCUCGCCUCCGCAGUCUCCGACGUUCAGCGUGGCUAGCUCCCGCCAUACAGAUUCAUCGGAGCCCAGACGUGUACUGCGCGCGUCGAAUUCCGAGGAUGCUCUGACCAAGACAGUCCGAUCUGCGCAGAACCAUAAGUUCUGCCGCCAACCACUGACAGCGCCGCCUACGGGGCCUUUGCCCGAUCCCAGGGCUUCUUCCCGUCCCGUCAGCCAGCUUGGCCGCCCUCGCAUGUGUCCAAAAUCCAGCAGUGGGAGUCCUGCUCCAACCGUCCCUCUGCCCGAUCCGACUACACGCAACCGAGUUUCUACUCUUUAUGCUGAGGACAACGUUGUUCCGAACAUGUUGCGCCGCAAGAGUAUGCCGGGUCUGGGUUUAUCCAUUGGACCUCCGUCUGCACCACCCCCAAACUGUCCGCUGCCUAAACUCCCCUCCCCGGCUCCCCCUGCCAGCACCAUUGCUUCUCCAGAUCCUUCUCCUCCUCCCUCCGCCACCACUACCCCACAGCUGCUAUCACCCUGGUCCGCAACAUCCCCUACAAAACGCUUCUACGGAGCCCAGCCAGUGCAGGAUCAUGUAGACGAUCGACGGAAGAGCGCCAACCUUACAAGCGUUGGUCCGAAGACUGCUCGCCAUUCGAAAUUGGUCAAGGGUCCAUCUUAG